CUUUAGUUUCUCCGGCGGAGCUCGCGCGGCAGUGUAGUCUGAGCUCGUGGAGGGAUUAAAAAGACACCACCACCACCAGCAGCAGCAGCAGCCGCGAUGUUUACCGGGAGCCCGAGCGCAUGUGUGACCCUGUGUUUGUGGAUUACGGCCCUGACGAGCGUCUAUGCAAGGAAGCAGGACGACUCCUUCUUCACCGCCAGCGUUUACCGAGCGAGAUGCGCCUCGAGGUGCCUCAGCCUGCACAUCACUCGCAUCUCCGCGUUCUUCAAGCACUCACAGAAUAAUGGCUCUUUGGUAUGGUGCCAGAAUCACAAGCAGUGCUCCAAGUGUCUGGAGCCCUGCAAGGAAUCUUGGGACCUGAAGGAAAACCAGUGCCAAGAUUUAUGCGAGCCCCUUUUUCCCAAGAAGCACUACGAGUGUCUUACAAGCUGCGAGUUCUUGAAGUCCGUUGAGGGAGUGAAGCAAGGUGACUGCCCCGCGCCAGAGAAGGCCAGCGGCUUUGCUGCAGCUUGUGUAGAGAGCUGUGAGGAGGAUGGAGAGUGCUCCACGGUCAAAAAGUGUUGCAGCAAUGGCUGUGGUCACACCUGCCAGGUGCCCAAGAAUCUCUACAAAGGAGUCCCUCUGAAACCGAGGAAGGAUCUGGUGUUCUUGGAGCAGCUUUCGGGUCAGCUGGAGAUCCGCUGGUCGUCCAAGUUUAAUAUCUCAGUCGAGCCUGUCCUCUACGUGGUUCAGCGCCGCUGGAACUACGGGAUCCAUCCCAGCGAGGAUGACGCCACGGAAUGGCAAACGGUGGCCCAGACCGCAGAGGAGCGCAUCCAACUGGCUGACAUCAGAGCCAGCAGAUGGUACCAGUUCAGAGUUGCAGCAGUCAAUGUCCAUGGGACUCGCGGCUUUACUGCACCAAGCAAGCACUUCCGAUCCUCCAGAGACCCUUCGGCGCCUCCUAGCCCAACCAAUCUGCGUGUCGCCAACCUGACUUUGGGCGAUGAAGGCACGGUGAUGGUUCGUCUCAAUUGGAGCUUGCCAGAGGAGCCUGAUAUCCCCAUUCAUCACUACAAAGUGUUCUGGAGCUGGACUGUGCCCUCAAAGUCGAUGGUUCCAUCCAAGAAGAAGAGGAGAACAACCACAAAUGGGGCUCAGAGCUGGGUGGAUCUGGAGGGACUGCAACAAAACAACAGUUACACUGUGGAGCUGCAGGCUGUCACAUACUGGGGACAGGUGCGUCUGAAGAGCUCCAAGGCCUCACUCCACUUCAGUACCUCUCAGAAUAAUGAAUCAGCAAAAUCGACCCACAAGUCCAAGAAGGAGGAGAUAUCCCCUCUGGGUUCGACGUUGGCCAAACGCCCCUCUGGGCCUCUGGAAGUGGGCACACCCUUCUACCAGGAUGGUCAGCUCCAGGUCCGAGUCUAUUGGAAGAAACGGGGAGACCCCACGGUGAGUCGCUACCACGUCCAGUGGAUGCCUGAGUACUGCAGCCACAAUGAGACCCGAGGCCCAGAGAAAUCCGUCACACAGGAGAACUACAUCAACCUUCCGGGUCUGCUGUUCUCCUGCAAGUACAAAGUCACCGUUCAUUUACUAAAGUCCAAAAGACGCUCCAAGGACGAGAGCACCACCUUCUUCACCCCAUCCUGUGCUACCAUCCGGAGCAAGACCCACAAACACAUCCCCUGCCCGGGGGAGGGAGCUUCAGUUCUUCCAAAGGUUCUGGCUAAACCAGAAAAUCUGACGGCCUCCUUCUCCAUGAAUGACGGAAACAUAACGGGCAGCUUCCUGUGGCGCGUGUCCAGGGUGGCUCCUCACCAACGGAUCACAGGCUUCCAGGUCACCUGGGCGGAGAUCAACACUGAGAGCCGGCAAAACAGUCUGCCCAACAGCAUCAUAUCCCAGUCCCAGAUCCUGCCUCCAGAUCACAAUCUGCUUGUCGUAUCCAAUUUGCGGCCGACUACAUACUACAGACUGGAGGUGCAGGUCAUAACAACUGGAGGCGAGGGACCCGCCACUGUCAAGACCUUCCAGACGCCAAAUAUACAACCACUGGCACAACACCGACCCAGACUCCGGCAGCACCAUUCUCAUCACCAGAAGCCAUCAUUGGAGAAACACUGAGUUUGCAUACCCAGGCAAACCCAACCCGACUGAGCGAAUCGCCUGUGACUCUGUUCCUGUCAGCCAGGGAAGGAAUGAGUGGAACCUCACAGAAACUCAGUUCGCCGGACCAUGAAGUGGACCACCCCACCUCCGCACUCUCUCAGCUCAUGAAAAAUGGGUCUAUCUUCUUCAAGCUCCACAAUGCAUCAGCUCCUUUUUACCCCCACACCCUCUCUCUCUUUUCACUUAGAUGUCACCGGAUGGGUUUGUGUGUGUACAGUGAAAGUUAAACUUCAAGGUUUCAUAUUCUGUGCUGCUUAGAGCACAGUCCUACCCCCCUUAUCCCAGCUCAUCCCAGAUUUAAAAGCAAGUGAUGACAUUUCUGGCCAAGAAUGAUCCAAUAACUCAGAAAUUAGUUUUUGAUCCCACUGUCUUUGUGCACAACAGAAAAGACCUUUGAUUGGAUUUGAUAAACAUGUGGUUGAAAACAACCUACUGGAUGGUAAGGCGAUGCCAGAGCAUUUGGUUAUUCUUGAAGAAA